AUGCCGAGUUGGAUUAGAUCACUCACCAAGAAGUAUUUGAAUAAUCCUUUGACGAUUGAUCUUGUUGGAGAUUCUGAUCAGAAACUCGCAGAUGGGAUUACAAUGUAUUCAAUCUCUGCAGAGUCUUAUGGAAAAGCAGGCAUUAUUGGUCCUCUUGUAGCGGAGCAUACUAAGGGAGGUAAAUGCAUUGUGUUUACACAAACAAAACGUGAUGCUGAUCGUCUUGCGUAUGGAUUAGCGAAUACCUUCAAAUGCGAAGCCUUACACGGUGUUCAUUAUGAGCUUCCUAACAACACUGAGACGUUUGUUCACCGAACGGGGCGAACAGGACGUGCUGGAAAGAAAGAAAAUGCGAUUCUCAUCCACGGUCCAGAGCAAUCCAGGGCUGUUAAAGAUGAUUGA